CUCACUUCUCACCGUCAAUCCUCUGUCUGAAUUUACUUUACCAAAUAAUGUCCUGCAUCUUCAAGUCGUGCUUUGGGGGAUGGCGAUUCCCCAAGAGCGACGGCUAUGGAGCCAGGGAUAGCAAGUUAAUGUCUCGACGCGUGCUCGUAAGAAAUUCAAUGGAAAAGGAGAACGAGUCAUUCUCAUGCCAUCGGAGCUUUGCGAGGACCUCAACAGCUUAUAGCAAUGAGAAAUCUGCCUUGAACGAGCAUAACAGUCCUAUGGACGACUGCGACGAAGAUGCUGAGGAACGUUCCACGUACAUAUCCGAGAAGCAUUUUGAAGCUGGCCCCGACGGGGCUCAGGUGGCUGAGGAAAUGCUCACUCAGGAGAGACGCUUGACAAGGAAGAGUGUUCUGUUCAGACCAGGGAAGAAGAACUCUGGGAAGGGCUCUCCCACUCCUCUUUCUCCACAUAAUACUGGCGAUGAGCUCCAUCGCCGAGCGCAAUUUGCAAUGGCAGUCAAGAGAAUGGACGAAGAGAACGCAGAGCGAGCAUGGGCGGCCGAACAAAAGCGACGCAACCAGUGGAAGAACGACAGGAAGAACACGAAGAAGAAUUAACAUGCUCAUAAACAUUAUAACCUGGGAAUGGUGUACAGGAGCUCUUGG